CACAAUGACCAGCUCAUUGUGGCUCCUUGUGGAAUUAUACUGGCCCGAAAAACAUUCUAUCAUGCGGAAUCUGUUAGUGCUGUCAAAGAUUUUCUUGAGGAAACCUUCCCCCGAGGCAUGCCCAAAGUAGUGUUUUAUGAUAACGCAUGCAGGUUAACCGAGCACAUUUACACCGGCCAUUCGGCCCUUCCCACUUCAAGGGGACUGUCAUAGCGGUGGAUCCGUUCCACCACCGCUCUCACGCUGAAAGCAAUCAAUUCUGCAAGAUGUUCACCGACCCCAAACUAUUUCCUGACAUUCAAGAAGAUGGUCGAUGGAUCUUCAAUGCCUCUGCGGCGGAAUUGACUAACAUUUGGUAUGGAGGUUUUGCCUUGAUGUGUCGGAACACGUCUUCACUUAUCUACAAUUUCUUCUUGGAAGAAAUGGUGUAUUUGAGAAACAAAUGGCUGACCAAUAAACUGAACAAGAGGCCUGGCGUGGUGUACAUUGGGGAGGGCGCCAUAUAAACUCGCUCGUUCUACUUCGGCUCUUUCCUUCUUUUAUAUCAGCCCAAAAAAUGUCAUGAACUAUCAACCUUUGAUAUGUAAACACGUAAAGCUUGCUAUUCCUUUGUCUGAUUGACUCGAAAUCAUGAAAUCCAAACAAGCAAACACUGCGGAAGAUUUGAU